AUGGACUAUCUCAAGGACGCUGCAAAGAACUUCUCGCUUUACGACGCUAAGGCGUACGUUCGUAAAGCACAAAAUGUUGCCAUGAACUUAUCAGAAAUGGAAGCAAAGGUGCGUGAGGCUACUAACAACGAGCCCUGGGGUGCUUCGACCACGUUGAUGGCACAAAUCGCCGCAGGCACCUACAAUUACCGAGAACGAGAGGAGAUCCUCAGUUUCAUCUUCAGGAGGUUCACGGAAAAAGCAGCCAACGAGUGGAGACAGAUAUAUAAGGCGUUGCAGUUGUUGGACUACUUGAUCAAGAACGGGUCCGAGAGGAUUGUUGACGAUGUAAGGGCCAACUUGUCGUUGAUCCAAAUGUUGAAAUCGUUCCAUUACAUCGAUUCGAAGGGCAGAGAUCAAGGUAUCAAUGUGAGAAACAGAUCGAAGAAUCUUGUGGCUUUUUUGAACGACGAUGCGUUGAUUCGUGCUGAAAGAAAGAAGGCCAGAGCAAACCAGAAGAAAUUUGGUGGCGUUUCCUCGGCUGCAUUUGGUGGUGCAUCGUCAAUCACUCCAGGUUUUGGUGCAGAUGACGACGACUUCACUAACAGAGUGUACGGAGAUGGCGGUGUGUUUGGUGCAAGGUACGAUGAUCCUGCGGACGAAUAUAGAAACGGCCACUCAGGCAACGACAACUAUGAGGAGUACGAUGUGGAUGCUUCUGCCGGUGCUUCUUCAUCUGCCACUCCAGGCCACUCCAAGAGCACCACGGGCUCCUCUAAGGUCAACGCCACUUCGUCUAGAUCUCUGAAACCCGCAGCGCCUGCGCCAGAGCCAGAUCUUUUGGGCGACUUGCUCGAUGACCCACCCCAAACCCAGGGUACUUCCUCUGCAGGUGCUACUAAUGCUGCCGCAGAUGAUGAUGACGACGACUUUGACGACUUUCAGGCGGCUCCAUCUCUGAACAAUACUGGCGGUGCCUCCAACCUUUCCAGCAACUUGGCCAGUCUCUACAUUUCCCAGCCAUCAGCCGCCCUGAGGCUACCCUCGCAGACGUAUACCCAGCUGCAACAGCAGCCAGCCUUUACUCCUGCUAGCACCAGUUCAUUUGGUGGUAGCGUUCUGACUGGCCCAGCCAAGCCUGCUGCCUCGAAUGACGCUUUUUCGUCGCUUUUCACCACUGCAAAGACGAAAACAUCCCAGAAACCAUCUUCCUCUGUAUCUACGCCAAAGUCAGUAUCUGCCCAGCCUAAUUCAAGCGGGCUCAAUGACUUUUCUGGCUCGUCCUCUACACAAGCUUCCAAACCCGCCAACGCCAACGCCAACGCCAACGCCAACGCCAACAACGGCAACAGCGGCGAAAUCGACUUGUUGAGCUUCUGA